AUGAUCUCUAUCGUUCAAGUGACGCUGCUUCUAUCGCUUGUAGCCUGCGUAUACGUCUAUCGUAGACGCCACCGCAUAUCACUUUCAGAUGUACCAGGCCCUAAGUCAGCGUCCUUAUUGUUCGGACACCUCCGUGAAUUCUAUCAACUCGGCGCAGGAAAAGCAGACCUAGAGUGGACGAAGACGUACGGUUCUAUCGUCCGUUUCAAAGGGUCCUUUGGAGUGGAUCAGCUCAUGAUCUCAGACCCUAAGGCCUUGCAAUACAUUUUACACACAUCAGCAUAUCAAUUUCCAAAGAGUACCGGGGCUCGAAGGGCUGUCGGCCUUCUAGUCAAUGGUCCGAGUAUCAUCUCCGUUGAUGGCGAUGUACACAAAAGGCAGAGGAAAGUGAUGCUCCCAGCUUUCGGAGCUCCUGAAGCGAAGGCACUCUACCCGGUAUUCAAGUCCCAUUCCGAAGAGCUUAUGUCGCGAUGGAGUGAUUUGCUGAGCAGUGAGGGGGAGCCUCAGGAGGUUAAUGUACCUUCAUGGCUGAGCCGGGCGACAUUGGACGCUAUAGGAGAGGCCGCCUUCGACUAUCAGUUCGGAGCGCUCGACAACAGCGAGACUGAGCUAGGUAAAGUAUACAGAGACAUUGUCCCAGCACUCUUUGGCACCAAUACCGAUAAGCGGCUACUUAUGGACUCCCUGCUGGAUUCUAUCCCUGCUCGUUUCAUUGUACACUUGUAUAGGCGUCUACCUGGACGAAGGUUUGAGCGUAUGCGGGAAACCUCCGAAGCCACGUACAAGAUUGCAAGACAGCUCGUGGCGGAAAAAUACGAUGCCCUCCUAUCGGGGAAAGGGAACAAGGAUGUUAUGAGCUUGUUGGUGAAGGCAAAUGCGUCCGAGAAUCCAGCGAAAAGGUUGACGGACGAGGAACUUUAUGCUCAAAUGCGCGUUAUUUUGUUCGCAGGGCAUGAAACGACAUCCAACUCGCUUGCUUGGGCGUUGUGGGAACUCGCCAAGCACCCAGAGAUCCAGACGCGUCUCCGGAAAGAAAUCAGAGAAACCGAAGCGCGCGUACGUGCUAGCGGUCAGGCUGAGCUGGACCUCAGCGAUGUAGAGUCGAUGCCUUACCUGCAAGCGGUCCUGAAGGAAAGCAUGCGUAUCCACCCCGCUGUCGGUCGAAUUAUCAGGAUAGCAGGCGGCGACAAAGUCAUUCCCUUGUCAAGGCCUCUUCGGUUGAACUCGGGGAACGUCGUGAAUGAACUCGCAGUACCGCAUGGUACGAAGUUGGCGCUUUCGAUAUCCGCGUACAAUAGCAGGGAUCCGGAUAUCUGGGGUGAUGACGCAGACAAAUUCAAUCCCGACCGAUGGCUGUUGGAGCAUCAGAAACACGACGAUCACCAUCUUGUUGGCGUCGUCGGUAAUCUCAUGACCUUCUCGAGCGGUACUCGGGCUUGCAUCGGCUGGCGCUUCGCCAUGGUUGAGAUGCAGACUUUCCUCGUGGAUCUUGUCCGCAAUUUCGAAUUCAGUACUACUGGCAGAGACGAUAAGAUCCGUAGGCAAGGCUCAGGGCUCGUGUUUGCGGUCGUGGAGGGCGAGGAGAAGGAUGGCGUGAAGCUACCGUUGCGCAUUAGGGCCGCAGUUAGACAUUGA